AUGCUGCGGGAAUCUGAUAUAGAUUCCUUGGGUAACCACCUAGCAUCGUUGUCCCAGGAAAAUCAGCGUCACAAUGACAAUAUGCAAAAUUUGCUCAGCCAGUUUAAAAGUCUAUUGGAAGAUUACAGUUCCUUGAAAAGCGAUUACGAGGAAGUCAAGGAAGGUCGUGAGAAGUACAAGAGACAGGCUCGGGGUCAGGAUCGCAACCCAUUCGUGUUGGUGCUUAUUGACGGCGAUGGAUACCUUUUCAAAGAGCAUUUCCUAAAGGCUGGCAGCGAGGGCGGUAUUAAUGCUGCGCGUGCAUUGAGUGACUCAAUUAGGGAGCUGAUGCAUUCAACUAUGGGAAUGCAAGCUGACCAAUGUCGAAUUAUGGUUCGCGUUUAUGCCAAUAUUCUUGGCCUAUCUAAAGCUCUCGCGCGUGCUGGCAUGGUCGGGCAUGAAGCUCGCUCCCUGUCUCCGUUCACCUCAUCUUUCACUCGCUCUCAGGAUCUUUUUGAUUUUGUCGACGCUGCUGAGAAAAAGGAGGGCAGCGACUACAAAAUCAGAGAGAUGUUCCGCUUAUUUGUGGAUUCUAAUCAGUGCCGUCACAUCUACUUCGCAGGCUGCCACGAUAGUGGGUUCGGAUCUUUGUUGACUCCCUACAAAGGCAAAAGCGAACGUAUUACCCUUCUAAAAGCAGCUUCUUUUCAUCGCGAAUUCGAAGAUCUAGGCCUCCCAAUUAGAGAACUGCCCGCUGUGUUCAUGUCAACACCUAUUACUAGUUCAAAGCCAACUGGGCCGGCUAACACAAUCAUUACAAAGGUUGCUAAUUCAACCAAUGGCUUUAAGCCUGUUUGCAAACACUUCCAAAGGGGAAUUUGCAAAUUCGGCACUGGCUGCAACAAGCAACACGUUAUGCCAAACCAGCAGUUGUCCAAAACAACAAGUGAUCUCACCGAGCCGCCGUCACCUCAUCAGCUGUGGUCUACUUCACCCGUCGUGGGCCGCUCGCUAGAUUUUCUCUUCACAACACUGCCACCCCAGAGCCUCAAAUCUGAAGACUUUAUCCCCAUCAAUAAAGAUGGAGACCGCCUGGACACAUAUUUCCCCCACCCGCCUCCAGAUGCUAUGGAAGCAUAUCAUCGCCGAGCUAAGGAGCGCAAAGUUUGCAAUAGCUAUCAUCUCUCCGGCGAAUGUGGUGAUAUGAGCUGUCCCUAUGACCACGGCGAUGUUUCAAACACCGUGAUUAACGUACUCAAGUACAUCCUCCUUCAACACCCUUGCUCUCGUGCCGGGGCUUGUCGAUCUAUCAAGUGCUACAUGGGCCAUAUCUGCCAAAAGCCCAAUUGCAAAGCUGUGAAAAGCUGGCAGUGCCGAUUUAACCAACAUGCGCACUCUCUCGAUCUCAAUGUUGCUCAGUGGGUUGCACCCAUCGAUCAGAGUGAGCCAGAUUAUGAUGACCACUCUUCUAUCAGUGGCGAAUCGUUUGAAAGCCAGUCGCCAAGCACUGUCUUCUUCAACUAA